AUUGUGGGAAGCUGACCUCACUCGCUGCUGCCGCCGCCCCGCCGGCUCCGGCACUCGCCGCCAUGGGGGCCGUGACCGACGAUGAAGUUAUCCGCAAGCGACUUCUGAUCGAUGGCGAUGGUGCUGGUGACGACAGGCGGAUCAAUUUGUUGGUGAAGAGUUUCAUUAAGUGGUGUAAUUCCGGAUCUCAGGAGGAAGGUUACAGCCAGUACCAACGAAUGCUGAGUACUUUAUCACAGUGUGAAUUUUCAAUGGGAAAAACUCUUCUGGUCUAUGAUAUGAACCUGAGAGAAAUGGAGAAUUAUGAAAAAAUCUAUAAGGAUAUAGAAAACAGUAUAGCUGCAGCACACGAGAAGAUUUCUGAAUGCAAAAAACAAAUCCUGCAAGCAAAAAGGAUUAGAAAAAAUCGCCAAGAAUAUGAUGCCUUAGCCAAAGUCAUACAACACCACCCAGACAGACAUGAAACACUGAAGCAGCUGGAAGCUUUGGGAAAAGAACUGCAACAUCUUUCUCACAUUAAAGAAAAUGUUGAAGAUAAGUUGGAGCUGAGAAGAAAACAGUUUCAUGUUCUGCUGAGCACCAUCCAUGAACUUCAGCAAACUCUGGAAAAUGAUGAAAAACUUUCAGAAGCUGAAGAAUCUCAAGAAACUCAGAUGGAAACAGAGGCCAAACAGUAGCUCUAAUAUGAAGACUGACUACUGUUGAAGAAUGUCCAAGUAUCUUCAGUUUGUGUUGAAACCAACAGUAAGAGAUGGAGCUGAAAAUUGUUUUCUACUGCUUCUGUGAAUUUUUAUAAAAAUAAUGCUUGAUUUGCUUAUGCUUCAGGGGAAAACAGUUACAGGUCUGUGGAGACAGACAUUUUGUGUUAAUCUACCCACAAACUUUGUAACUUGUGACAAGAAAUACUUUUUGUUUUACCAAGGAUGAAGCUUCUGCAUAGUACUUGUGAAGUAAGGUGUUUGCAAAACAUUGCCAAUAAAAAGGUGUUUACAAUGA